UUGUGCCAGAGCCUCAGGUGUAUCUAAAUUUGGAUCGCUCCUGUUCCCCGCAGCAAUUCGACCUUACUUUUCGUUCCGCGGAGCAGAGCCAUGUGCCAUGUGUAAUACCCAUCCUAUGCUGGGCGUCGAUCUGUAACGUCUGCUGGACGACAUAAAAAAUCUCAAAGAAUUUUUCCAAGAAGUCAUCAUCUACUCUUUGCAAUGCAAUAUAGUGCAGAUACAUAUCAAUCCCUUUACGUAGUCUACACCCAAGUGCAGCGGCAAAUUAACCGCUUUGGGCACGAUAUGCAAUUGGGAUCCUGACCGAGCUCGAGAAAUUUCUCGAAGUUUACGUCACAGUCAGACAUUCAGGUCGCGUGAAAGUGAGUCAAUCCAGAUUCGUUGGUGUAGUUCAACUUGUCGUCUAUUUUCAAAAUCUCACGAACCUUGAGUUAUUGGACGUGGAACCUGUACUUGGCAGCAAAAUGAACUUGUAUGAGGCGAAGGAGCAAUGGUUUACCGUCUUCAUCAUGGUCGGGCUCGUCUUUGCAUCCUGUUUUUAUCAUAAAACUAAAAAACUCGACGGGAUCGAUUUUCAUAUACUUCAUGAGCAACCAAUCAAUUUCUUCCCCUCGAAUCGAAAAAUCUCUCGGAGGUCGGGAAGUCGACUCUUCCCAUUAUUGAUGAUUAUCUAAAUUUGACGAAGAAAUUUACAAGUCUCCUCAUCAAUCUCCCAAUGAAAUAUUAUAUUUUCCGGUAAAAUUGAGGUAAUUUAUACUCUCGGCUUUUUCGUAGCUGUUUUAAAAAAUAUACUUUUCGUUUAAAUGUUUCUCAACGCCUAUAGCACGUUAGCUAAUUGUGCGCCUGAAUGAAUGACAUUUUCAUUACAAUUUCGGUUUAAUUUUCAUGUCUUGUCAGUGCCUUACUCAUCGUAGUACAUACUUCUCUACACUCAGUAGCUGUUCAUCUAUUCCUGCCGUAAGUGUUUACAAAUAACAUCCGUCAAAGUGUAUACACGAAAAUAAGAUACUGUGUUGGCUACUCAAGACAUCUAACUUUAACUGAUUUCUCAGCGGAUAUCGUAAAAAUUAACAGCAAUUAACUUUAACCCAGUGAGAGAUGGAGAACAGAAAGGACUCAGUUAGUAUUAAAGAGGAACCGUCCGAUGAUUGGUCAGGUGUAGGCGACAAUCCUGACGAUCGAGUGGACUCGUGCACAGCCGAAAACUUUGAAUAUCAAUUAACGAUAAAUGAACCAUCGGCCAAUGACACGAAUGAGUCUAUGCCAUUACAGGAGGGGUUAGAGGGGAUAAUUUUGGUGGAUUUCGAUAGCAAAAAUGUAAAAACUGAAGUUGAGUUUUCAUCUACAUCCAUCUGCAAAACUGAGACUCAAAGUUUUCAACCUAUUGUAAAAUUAGAAAACGAAACUCAGACCCAUGACAUCAAUGACGAUAUUGGCAUCGAUUUCGAGUGCAGGGAUGUUAAGCCUGAAGUAAAACCCUCAUUGACAAACAUCAGUCCAUCUACUGUGAAAAUAGAAAGUCAAAAUCGAACAAAUCACGCGAAAGAAAAAAGUUUGAUAAUUUUAAUAAAAAAAGGAUUCGAUUACGUUAAUAACUGUCAAUUUAUCAGUGAAGAAGCAAAUAUGAAAUCGACUCACAAGGGCAUUGGAGCACUUGAAUGUAAAAUUUGCAACAGGUCAUUUGCAAACAAACAAAACUUAAAAAAGCACAUAAGUGCAGCACAUAAUCGAAGCAAACCCUAUGCAUGUAUCACAUGUCACAAAUCAUUUAGUCGAAAAUUUCAUCUCAAAUCUCAUGUGAAUUCCGUACACAAUCAUAGCAAACCUUUUGAAUGUGAUAUUUGUCACAAAUCAUUUGGAUCCAAGUGGGCACUUAAAACCCAUGUUAUGGGAGUACAUGAUCAUAGCAAACCUUUUGAAUGUGACAUUUGUCACAAAUCAUUUGGAUAUCAGAAUGUACUCAAAAGUCAUAGAUUAACAACUCAUAAUCUUGGAAUUCCCUUUGAAUGUAAGAUUUGUCGCAAAUCAUUUGGACGAAAAAUUGACCUCAAAGUUCACAUAAGUAUAGUACAUCUUCGUAGCAAGCCGUUUAAAUGUGAUAUUUGUCAGAAAUCAUUUGGAUAUCUGAAUGUACUCAAAAGUCAUAGAAUAACAGCUCAUAAUCUUGGAAUUCCCGUUGAAUGUGAGAUUUGUCGCCAAUCAUUUGGACGAAAAAGUGACCUCAAAGUUCACAUAAGUAUAGUACAUCUUCGUAGCAAGCCGUUUAAAUGUGAUAUUUGUCAGAAAUCAUUUGGAAGAAAACAUCAUCUCAAAUCUCACAUAAAUACAGUACAUAGUCAAAUUAAACCUUUCGAAUGUAGCAUAUGUCACAAAUCAUUUGGUCAAAAAUAUCAUCUGCAAGUGCACAUUAUGACGAUGCAUGAGCAUAGUAAACCCUUUGAAUGUGAGAUUUGUCAUAAAUCAUUUGGUCAAAAACAAUGUCUCAAAUCUCACAUAAGUACCGUACAUAGUCGAAUUAAACCUUUUGAAUGUAACAUAUGUCACAAAUCAUUUGGAUACAAAAAUGUACUCAAAAACCACAUAAUGACGAUACAUAAUGAAAGCCAACCUCAGGAGUGUGAAGUUUAUUCGAUGCAUUUUGGACGCAACGAAGACUUUUGCCUUUAGUCGGGUUACGCUAUGUAAUUUUAGACAAUCCUUCUCAUGAACAUUGAAGUAUUUAUAACUGUAAUUUAUUUGAUCUCGACUUGAAAAUCUUUUACUAAACUUUCAAACAUAAACUUAAAUAUCAACAAGGUUUUGUUGUCAAUUAGUUUUUUGAAAUACCGUUUUUGAAACAUCCCAUUUUUCGACUAAAAUAUUUUUCCAAGUAAAUGCUUCUUAUUGGAUUACCAAUAAGAAAGUCCUCUAUGUUAAUGUUUAUUAUGGCAAACUCAAUGAAAUCCCUCGAAUUGGUAACUGGGUCGACGAUCGAAUUAAAUUUUAACUCUUGCAGUACUGUAAGCGGAUUAUUUUUUACUUAGUUGAAAAUCUUAAUUAGCAAAACCGAUUUAUAGGUAAUAAAACUAUCGGUUUCAUAUGUGGCAACUUUCAGAUCAUUAUAUACCUCUUUGUGAAUGUAUCCAGUAGUAAGAUAACUUGAAUUGAACGAAGUUGAAUUGAUGGUAUAAAUAUUUACAAAAAAAGCAAUCGUAUUUUUUAGGAGCAAGUACUUUUUACCUAUGAAUCGGCCACUAGUUUUAUUCAUAUUUAUAUCGAUCCUGUUAAAAAUCUGUAGAGCUACAUAAGAAAUAAAAAAGUAUCAUAUACAGCA